CAUGUUGCAGUUGGGUAUGCCACAAUCAAAUGAGCAGCAGUUAAAGCAGCAGCUGCAUAUAGCUGCUUUGACAACUUUAAGUUUAUCUCAAAUGAUGAGAACAUUUUCUUUGGACCAUACCUAGACCUAACCAAAUGCAUGACCAGUCCUUCUGCUUUUGACUGUGAUAUUUCUCAAUAGCAUAACUUGUCAAAUGCAGGCUAAAUAAAUAAGGGUGGGCUGUGGUAAGAGGAACAGGAAGAGAGGAGACGAGAGAGAAGGUAGCAAGGCAGACAGAAAGGGCGAGAGCGUGUUACAUCGGCAUGUGAAACUCUUUAUUGCAGGGUUUUUUUCUUCAAAAAGAUAUUGACAAAGCAAGUGACAAGCCAAACAUGCUGUGUUCCGUCUGUGGUGACUUCAAGAGAUGAUGCUUUGAAGAGACAAAGUUUUAAAAAAAGGGGUUGCAAUUGAGAUAAUGGACUACACAGAGAAUAAAGUUGAAAUGGCUGAAGAGGGGCUGCUGGAACGUCUCGUCAUCACAGAAGAGGGAGACAUGACUGAGGCAACGAGCAGUUCACUUGUCAUCAUACAGAGCUGCAGCGGAGAGAUGGCUCUGAAAAAGGAAGAGGAACAUAAAGGAGAGAACAAGCAUGAAGAAGGUAUAGCAAGUAAAGUGUAUUUAAAAGAGCCCAACCCAGAAAAACAACAAACCAACGCAGAGGACGACCAGACAGGAGAGGUUGUUGUGAAUGAGGACAAACCAGAGAAAGCUGAGAACCUGAAUGAUGGACUAAACAGAGAGGACAGUGAGAGUGAAGGGCAGCCACAUGAGAUAAUGAGGAUUAAUGAAAAACCUGAGAAAGCCAGUGACACAGAGGAUGAAAAGGUGACAGAAAAUGACCCUGUAGUGGACAUUGAGAGGUUCAAUUUAUCUGAGCAACAACCUGAAGGGACACAAAGCCAAGAAGAGGAUUCAAAAAAGGCACACCGGUUAACCCAUGACUUCCCAGACACACUGUAUGAGCUUCUCUGCACCCUUCAGGAAGGGAGACGGCUCAAUGACCAGCGCUGCUCCUUCAGGCUAGAGAGUGGGAUGAGGAGAAGGAGGUGCCACUCUGAGCCCAACACCACCAAGCCGGCCAACAGAGUCGUCUUUUCCUCCAUGACUUCACUGCAGAAAGAGGAGUUUUUUGAGUUCGUGGCCACUGCUCAAGCUCGCCGACUGGAUGACCAGAGGGCGCAGCUCGAAAAGUCUCAACCACCAAAAGCAAAAGCAAGAAGUUUCAGGGGCAGCAUAAAGCAACUCUCUUUUGUGAAAAAGCCUGCGCCUGCGCCAGUUCCUGUGCCUGUGCCCAAAGAGGACCUGUAUAAUAUGAUUCUCACAACGCAGGCCCAGGGCAGGCUGGAGGAUCAGCGCAGCAGGGCUCCUGGUCCCAUGGACGAUGAGGACUUCUUCUCCCUGCUCCUGAGGGUCCAGGGCGGACGCAUGGACGAGCAGAGGACUGAAUUACCAUGCAUGCUGCAAACCUGAGAUGGAAAACAACAAACUGUUGGGCUGCAGUGACAGCCGUCCAGUAUUGUAGCCUUUUUAGUCUGAUUUCUGUUAAAACAGGGUUUAUUUUUGUUGAUCCUGAUGAUGCUUUGUUUUCGGGAAUUGUUAUCCCUCUUGAUAGUGUUUAAGUCAGUGUUAAUACUGUUGAGAUUGUGGCAAAGAACGCUAAUGUUUGAGCAACAGCGCUUUUAACGUUACUUGAGGAAUGUUCCUGAUGAGAUUGUUAACUUAACUGCUAGUUAGCUUAUAUAUUCUUUCCUAGUAAAAAAUGAUCAGUAGAUAUGCUUUCUCAUCUCGCCAAAGUUUCUAUUUUAUUGAAUGUCUGUGAUGAGUGGUUGAAUGAUUUUGUGUGUGUUCCCGUUCCUCAUGUGGAGGAGGCAUUCUACUGAUCUCUUUUGUUUCUCCUUAUUUGUAUAGUAGACAUUAAACACACCAGGGAUGGUUGCUUCCAGGUCAAACGGUGCUUGACUGUAUAUGGAUGAUUCUCCUCCAGAAAAUAAACAAAAUGUCAUUUCAGA